AUGUUUCUGACACCAAUUGUCAAGGAUGUUGAUUAUGAUAAGGUAUAUGAGCCAUCUGAGGACUCUUUUUGUUUCCUAGACUGUUUUGAAGAUCAAAAGGAAUUUUUGGAAGAAAGACUUGGGAAGAAGGUAACGCCAUUAUUAGUUGAAAUAGGUACUGGAUCGGGAAUAAUUACAACUUUUUUAUUACAAAACAUUUUACCAGAUGCUGUAUAUAUGGCUACAGAUGUCAAUCCCAGUGCAUGCACUUCGGUAUUGAACACCGUUCGACUAAAUUGUCCACAACGAGCUUGUUUAGUCGAUUCUUUACGAAUGAGUUUAGUUUCGGGUGUGCGCCGAAAUUUGGUGGAUGUUCUUGUUUUCAACCCGCCCUAUGUGCCUGCAACAGAGGUUCCGAAAUACCUGCAAAAAGGCGAUGACGACUCCAAUUGGUUGGACUUGGCAUUAUUGGGGGGUAAAGAUGGGAUGAUAACGACAUGGCAAGUGUUGAACGACCUUGAAGAAAUAUUGAGUUCUCGCGGGGUAGCCUAUAUAUUAUUCUGUGCAAGAAACAAGCCCGAAAACGUCGCAGAGGAGAUGAGACUGAGGGGGUGGCGGGUUGACAUUGUUUUCAAGAGAAAGGCUGGCUGGGAGGUGCUAAGCAUUUUAAGAUUUAUCAAGGUAUAA